AUGAAGCCGAGCGAUCGCCAUCCGAUGCGAUGGGUGGGCCAGACCGUAUUCAAGAUGGAGGUGGACUGUAAUAGGCGUGAGGUGCAGAUUCGGGGGAAGAUCAUGAACUACUGCCCCAGCUCGGCCAGAUAUUUGCUGAUGUACGCGGACGGGUCCUCGGACGGCGUUCCGAUUGAUGAGAUAGAAGAUCACGUGCCGAUGCAACUUCAGCUACCAAACAAGCGACCCAGAUCGAGCUGGGGAGCAGCGGCUCAAAGCAAAGAACCUGCUGAAUGCCGCAGACCACCUAAACGACCCAAGAUGUCGGUGUCAAAGAGCAAGUCCUCCGUGACUGAUAAGCAAGCAGUCGUCUCUCGAUUUGUUCGGACAAUCUUGUGUGAGUUAACAAGAGUCCUUGACGUCAGUGAUGACAAGCGCCAAACGCUGUCAAAUAUUUUGGACAGCGGCAAAGAUCGGCCGCUUGCUGCAUUAGCGCUGUAUGACCAAGAGGGUGGACUUGAUGCUCUGGACGAAACUCUUCGCGCGUGUACGAUCUGUGGAGAUAAUACUCAUGACGAAGCAGCGAAGGAGAAUUUAGUGAAGAGUGAGUCUUUUCGACGUCAAGAAUCUAGCGAAACAUCCCUCUCUUCCCCCUGCUCUAGAUCUCCGUGUGGCCAACAUUUUCGCGAGCUCUUACAAGGCAAUGGCGAUAGGAGUACUCACCGUCGAAUUCAGACGGACUCGCAUCCAGAGAAAGCACUAGAGGUGGUCGAUCUCACUGGCGAUGGCACGAAUGAGGAGGAAGGCGAAGAAAUAGAUGAUACUGCUAGUGCUUCUAAACAUAUUCACUUCGGCGACAACUCGAACUCGACAGUUCAUUUCGAUGAGCGAGACAGCGUGAAAAUCUUCAGAUUGCAACUGAAGCGAGCCGGAUUCAAGCUUCGAAAUCUGCCAAAGCAUAAUCCAGAGGAGUGGAAGUCAGUACUGAAAGUCUGA